GUAGGAAGUGAGCUUCAUAUAAACAGGAGCAGGAACCCAGCGAUUGUACUUCCUCCACUCAGGCACCAUGUGGAUUUACAAGGUGACCGUGUAUAGCAUGAGACAGAUCAUGGCCAAGGCAACGAACAGUAUUUACCUGACGCUAAUGGACUCGGAGCAGAAGAGCAGCGGAAAAGUCCUGGUCAACCCAUCCUUCUUUUCUUCUUUUGCAACGGAGCUCACCCUCGAGAUCCACGUGGAGAAGGAACUUACAGACAGCGUCCAGGUGAAACUUGAAAAGAAGAGCCAUUAUUUUAAUUAUUCCUGGUUCUGUAAGCAUAUCAGUGUGAGAAGUCCUUUUGGAGAAAGCUUGGAGUUCCCCUUUUAUAGCUGGUUGGAAGACAAAAAGGAAGUGACCAUCCAAAAAGGCACCGCUCGACUGCCUCAGGAUGACACAAACAUAAAAGAAAGACAAGAAGAACUGAAACAUAGACGGGAAGUAUUCAGAUGGAAGGAACAAAACCAAGCCUUCCCUAAAUGUAUAGAUGACACAGAGGGGGGGCUUCCUAAAGACGUUCAGUUUGAUGGACAAAAAGGAUUUGACUUUCAAAAGAACUUCCUAGAAGCGUCUCUGGAAUUAGGUCUUGACAAAAUUGAAGGAUUAGUAGAGUCCUGGAAAGACAUUACUGAUUUUGAAAAGAUAUUUGAGCAUUACAAUAUCAAGAACACUCCACUAGAGAACGUGAUACAAGACUGGACCAAGGAUUACAUGUUCGGCUACCAGUUCUUGAACGGCUGCAAUCCUGUCAUGAUCAAGAAGUGCACGGAUCUUCCAGAGAAAUUCCCCGUCACACACGAGAUGGUCAAGGGCUCUCUGAAGGGACGCCAACUACAUGAGGAGCUACGGAAAGGAAACAUCUACAUAGUGGAUUAUGAAAUACUGAAGGACGUCCCAGCAGCCAGCCAGCGCUAUCUGGCCGCACCAAUCUGUCUACUGUACAAGAACGAAGUGGACCAAAUGUUGCCAAUCGCCAUUCAGCUGAGUCAAACCUCAGGAGAAAUGAGUCCAAUCUUUCUUCCGAGUGAUUCUAAAUAUGACUGGAUGCUUGCCAAGAUGUUUGUGAAAUCCUCAGACUUCAUCGUACACCAGCUGGUCACACACCUUCUCAAGACACAUCUGGUGUCUGAGGUUUUUGAAAUUGCCAUGUACAGACAGCUGUCUGCCGUCCAUCCCGUAUACAAGUUACUGAUGCCUCAUGUUCGUUUCACGAUCGCAAUCAACGCAGAGGCCCGUAAACACCUUAUCAGUGAAGAUGGGGUCUUCAGCAAGAUUAGUAGCAUCAAUGCAGAUGGGAUGGAGAAACUGGUGCAAAAUGCCAUGGAGGCUUUAUCCUUCAAGUCCCUGAACAUCCAUGAGGACAUAAAGGCUCGAGGAAUGGAAGAUACACCCAACUACUAUUACAGAGACGAUGGCUUGAAGAUCUGGGAGGCAAUCCACCAUUUUGUUUCGGCCGUGGUCAAGAUCUACUAUGAUAGCGAUGAAGCAGUUCGAGAAGACGUGGAGAUUCAAAGAUUUGUUAAGGACGUUUCCUGCUUUGGCAUGAAUAACUCUCACAAGUUUCCAGAGUCUCUGGAAUCUCGAGAGGAGUUGAUCGAGUACCUGACCGUGGUGAUUUUCACAGCUUCAGCACAACAUGCCGCUGUCAACUUCGGACAGUUUGACUGGUACGGCUGGAUCCCCAACAGUCCUUCCACCAUGCGCAGACCACCUCCUCAACGGAAGGGGGAAGUGGAUAUGAAGCGUAUCCUGGAGACUCUGCCGGACCGGGAUUGUUCCAGCUUGGUUUUGGGUACAGUCUGGGCUCUCACUCGGAUGGAGAAGAAUGAGCUGUUCUUAGGCAUGUAUCCAGACACAUUCUUCACAGAGCAACCUGUGAAGAAGGCCAUAAAGACUUUCCGCAAGAGCCUCAGUGAGUUGACGGAGACAAUCAAGAACCGGAAUGAAAAAUUAACUUUGGAUUAUUCUUAUUUGUCCCCAGACAGAGUCCCCAACAGUGUUGCAAUUUGAUUGUCAAGAAGAGACGCUUCAUUUGGCUAUGCUUUCAAAGAGCACACACAGGUUUAUGUUAUGAUCGGUUUAUUGUUGAGUUCUAAUUUCUAAAAAGUGUGUAUUCAUGCAUCCCUGCUAUGAUGUUCAUUUAUUCAUCUUUUGGUUAAUGUACUCAGGUUGCGGUGUACUGUAGGUUGUUGGGUUUUUUUUUUACUUUAUUGAUGUCUAUCAUUGUUCAGGCUUAAUUUCUUUGGGUAUGGGCUUAGCUGAAAAACGUUUAAUGAAUGCUUUAAAGGAAUUGUUUUGCGAUUGGGAACAUCUCUGACUUCUGAUGGUUUUGCAUUUAUGUUUCUAUUUUUAACUCUCAUAAGAAAAAUAGAUAAAUGUUUUUCAUUACAUCUUUUUUUUAAUUUCCCUUUCUAGUACUUUCUUGUAAUUAAUUAAGUAUUUUCCAGAUCUAAAUGUAACGGUGUGUUUUCAGUGAAUUCAUUAAUGUUCAGCUGUGCCUGCCGUGUUUGAAAAUGCUAGAAGUUGAUUUUUUUUGUGAUAAAUAAAAUAUUUUAAAUCAAAUGAA